AUGUCUAACAAACCCUAUAUGGCUGAGACUGAGCGAUUCGAUAAGCUGAAACUGAUGAAGAUAGAAACACAAGAGAAAAACCUACUGCCUUCAAAAGAAAUUAUCGAGCAGGAGAAGGAAGUAAGUAAAUUGUAA